GUUAUCAAGAAUGCUAAGAUCAAAGUCUGAAUGGAGAUCCAAGUUAGCACAAGGGAUUCUCUUUUGAAGAGAUCGAUUGAGAGAGAGGACAAAUUUGCUUAAUACCCUAAGAUAGCGAUAGCUCGAGUCUUAAGAGUUCCAUAGUUUCUAGUCUCUAGUUAUUAUUCUCAUGUCCUCCCUUUUGGGUAAGGAUCGUGGAUCACGAGAGCUAACUUCCUUUUUUGUCUAUGGUAACUUUACCUAAUCGGAUCAGACAUCCCGUGAGUGGCCCGAGGCACUCCACUGCCUUUUUUCGAGGCAGUGGUGAUGGUUUGCAGCGAGUUUUAUCGGUCAAUUAACACAUUUAAUGUGUUGUACAGUGUCUGCUAGCUAAUUGAGUUCAACUAUUGCAUAUUAAGUAUUGUCUCCUCCUUGUGUAAGGUGAUUAAUUGGAACUCAGCCACAUAGCUACUGAUUCUCAUAUUCCCGCGAUAAAAAAAAGGGAGGGAGGAUUGGUUAGAUCUUGCCUUCCUAGAUCUCAACCCUGCAUAUCAUAUCCAAAUAGUCGAGCGCCAUUGGUGGUAGCUCCUAAAUAUUAGUUGUAGGUAGGUUUUCAGAACUCGAUACAUAAUGGGCCACUCAUAAGUAGAGAAAAAAACACUUCAAUACUCAUUCGUAGAGGGAAGCCCACUCAUAAACCCAAGACAACUAGACUAUCUAUUUUUGUUGAGCUGGUUUGGGCCACUUAAUAAAAGAAAAAUCUUUGCAUGACAAAAAUUGAUUGAUCAUCUGAAAGAGAGACUUACACUACCAAAAACAAGCUAAAACAACAGAAAAUAAGAGUUCCAAAGCACUUUAGUAAUGACCAACGGUCUUGUGACUUAGUGUUAUUUCCUCUAUCUUUCAAAGUGAAUGGUGAGCGUUCGAGUUUCCAAAUGAGCAAAAUGAGUGUGUGAGUAGUGUGUGUAUUUCUUGCCAUUGAAAAAAGCACUUUUGUAAUGUCUCUAGUUUAGUUUGGUGAGCUUGAAGCUCGACUCUACACCCUUCUAGAACCAAGAGGUUAGAAACAUAAUUAUUUGAAAAAAAAAAAAUAGAUUUUUUCCAUCCGGACUGAAAAAUUAGGUGGGCCGAUCUUGCUUGAUAGCCCAAAUCAGAUGGGCUGAUGGUGAGCGGACCGAAUACGAUUUGAAUUCUGAACAGGCUAGGCCCAAGGUUAGACCAUUCAACCAUGACGACUGGCCCAAACUUUUCUAAGCAGGGAAUUUAGAAAGAAAUUGGGGUUCUAUACUUCUAUUGGGCCCAAUCCCAUUAGUCAUCAUAUAUGCCCAAUAACGGGCUACUUCAUUGACCCAAUUCAACCAGUUCUAAAUACUCGAUUUGCUGAGCAGGGGGAUAGAGAAGGAAAAAAAAAAAAAAAAUGCAACAAGCACCAGCAGCUCAGGCGGCGUCGACGGCGAUUCCCACCUCCUCGCCGCCGGAGUCGCAGGGAUCUACGGCGGACGCGCCACCCAAACAAGUGGCGCUGGCAAUGGACAGGCUGGGCCACGCUGCCCGUCUCAUCGCCGACAUAAGACUCGGGGCGGAUCGCCUCCUCGAAGCCCUUUUCGUGACUUCACAGCCUCACCAGUCCAGCAAGCCCUUACAUUUGAUUCUUAAAGAGGAGGCCUCCAUGCGACAACACCUCCAAGAUCUCCGAACCAUUGGAAGGCAGUUGGAGGAUUCUGGGGUUCUCAAUGAAUCUCUUCGGUCACGAAGUAAUUCUUGGGGCCUGCACAUGCCAUUGGUUUGCCCAGAUGGCGCUGUUGUUGCAUAUGCAUGGAAACGUCAACUUGCUGGCCAGGCAGGUGCAUCUGCGGUUGACAGGACCAGAUUGGCUCUCAAGGCAUUUACUGAUCAGAAAAGGAGAUUCUUUCCCCACCUUGACGAUGGCUCCAGUAGUGAAUCAGCUUUGAAGAAACAUUGUGGUUCCCAAGGAUCAACUGAGAGUCAUCAGGAAGAGCUCAGUGAUUACAGAACAGUGUCAGAUAUUCUAUUGCAUCUAGAAAAAGAAGUGCCAAAUGUGAGAACUUUUACAUACCAACGGUUAAAUUGGUUAAAACGAGCUUCGUGUCUGCCUUCUUCAGCCAAUGAGAGUUCCAUAGAACCAUUAAAAGAACAUAGUUUUCAUAGUUCAAGUAAAUUAAGACAAGGAUCAGUGGGCGUUGUUGCUGCUGAUAAGGUUGCUGUAAUUGAGUUGUUGUUUCCUUCCGUUUUUAGAGCUAUAAUAUCAUUGCAUCCAGCUGGUUCUAUUGAUCCUGAUGCAGUAGCGUUCUUUUCCCCAGAUGAGGGGGGGAGCUAUGUGCAUGCGAGGGGAUUUUCUGUUUAUCAUGUGUUUAGACACAUCACGGAACAUGCUGCUAUGGCUUUGCAGUAUUUUCUUGGUAUCAAAACCGAAACAGCUUUGCAUUUUCUGAUGCACUGGAUCUGCAGCUAUCGGACUCUAUUUACAAAAGCUUGCAGUAAGUGUGGGCGGCGAUUGUCAAUGGACAGGCAAUCAGCUUUAUUGUUACCUCCUGUUUAUCGCCCUUACCGGAACUUCCCUGCGUGUAAAAUCUCAUCAACUCAAAUAAAUUCUUUGACAAAGGACCAAAGUACGGAGAUCACUCAAGCUUAUCACGUUGGAUGUUUUUCGGAGGAAGCAUAGUCCCAUCCAUUGAUGCAGGUGUAUUAGAAUUGUAGUAUUUGACAUCCUUUUGAAAUUGAAAUUCAUUUCCAGUAGGCCUCAAAUGUAAAUUUCAAGUUACCAUUAGGGUUUUUUUUUUUUACUAUAUCUGUAAUGUAAAACUAGUUUUGUUACCUUUGCUUUUUACCGAAUCUUUUCAGAUGAAUUUCUUCUUGUUCA